UUCAUUAAUUAAAAGGCGCACUUAAAACAAACCUGGACGGGGGUCAUAACAUCCCUGUAGCACCCCUCUGGAUCAGUCAAUGGUAAAACUAGACCAAUCGUAUGUCUUUAAAUCGAUAUCACAUAUGUGUGUUAUUGGUGAUUGUUGUGACAUGUCGUAAAUAAGGUGUGAUUUUUUCACCAAUGAGUGUGUGAGAGGCCCGUCGGAGUUCGGACUCCUCCAAAAGAGCCCUUGGAUACACGCCUGUCAAAUAUGAAAUACAAUAUGAACACAUAAAUCAAUGUUAUAAAACUGAGUGACGGAUAACAGCUGAUGCGUGAUUCUAAAGGCUUGGCGAUGGGCGUGUUUAGAGAUUCGACCAGAUUCCACUGAUAAACUGUGUUAAGUUAAUUAAAAUCGAUCUCUUUAAGUAUAUAUGUAGUUCGCUAAACACGUCGUUCUGUGUUUUCUGACAUUGGCACAGUGUAAACAGUUCGGCGACAAUUGAAAUCAAACCUGUAAAGACCCAUGGCGGAAAGUGUUGGAAACUGAUCCUCACGGUUCGGUUGUUAUGGGCAACAAGACUGAUUUAAUCAACGCCGCAUUGAGGUGUGCACAGGUCCGGUUCUUUGUGCUGACAUGGGGUACAGAGGGAUACGCGGCCGAUCUCGGCGAUUAUUCAGCUGUACGAAGUGUUGAAAUCUGCGGCAACUCACUGAGGCACGUCGGUAAGACCGGAUGGGACAGGAUCGAGGACGAUGCUUCCUGGCGCUUCUUGAUGAUCUGCACAACCGGGAAUUAUCAUGAGAUCAGGUAUGACGUCGGCGCGGCUACUCUGAGAAACGAAACAAUAGAUCUAGUUGGGGUGCAGUGGUUCAUUAAGGAGUCUCCGUGUCCCGAUCCGGUUUAUUCACACGCCGAUAACGGAACUGCAUUUGGCGGUAAUAAAGGGCAACUAAUAAAUGCCGCGCUAAGCGGACAAACCAUUUUCGCAGCGUCAAUUGUACAAAAAGCUUUUGAAAUACAACACAACUUAAUGCUGAUGAACAAUUUGGACAUUUCAGACAGCGGUGAAGUCGGUGGGCAAAAUAUCUGGACACUUUUUCCAAGGUUUAUUCAAGACCAUUACGAAUUCGUACUUCCUGCCAUCUGGUGGUUUACAGCAGUGACUACAACCGGCGUUCAGGACUGGUCACUUUGGACUGUAGGUGAACAUGCUGAAGUUGCCCGUGAGCCCGUUCCUCUACCGACCGACUAGUACACUUACCCAUGCUGGCGUCACGUGUUCACCAGUGAAAUCUGGACACAGAGUGAAGAUCGUCAUAGGAAACUUCUCCAUGGAAACGGACAACGUCAGGGUGGACCGUGGUCAAGUGUCAGCCCAGCUCUUGAAUCAAUUGUCUAGACAAGACGCGCUCUCUUUCACGUCUGACAUUUACUGGGUCUGGCAGAUGGUGCACACCACGGAAACCGUCCGAACUCGAACCUACUUUGUUGGAAAUGUCACAAACAACGGCGACACACUGGAAAAGAAAACCGUAAACUGGUUUGUCGAUACUCGUCGGUGGAAGAAGGUAUUGUCAACUAAACACAAUGGCCUUGUCAAAUCUGGAUCGAAAACUGAACUGAGGAACGUAAUUCAAAAUGGCGCCUCUGUACGCGUUGCGCUACAGUCAUUUGGAUGCAGUAGGUUCCGUCGUGGACAGGAUGAAAGUGACGGCUCUUCGGAAGAACACGGUGGACAAAAACAUCGCAACUGUAAGGGAUGGUUUGUCAUCAGGGCUGACGAACUGGAGUUGGGUUCUUCAGGGGAAGUUGCUGCUCAGUCAGUUAUGAGUGUCAGCACUGAAGCUGCUGAGUGGAAGGAAUUCCAGAUCAAAGAUGAUCCUUUCUGGCGCUUCAUGGUCGUCACUAUACAGAGUCGAGUUGACGUCUCUCAGUGGAGAGUUGGUGCCCACAUCGACGACGGCCACUUCUCGGAGAAGGCGAAAGUCAACUGGUUCGUCAAUUAUUAA